UGGCAACAUUGUUUCAUGACCAAUUUAAACGAAAUUCAUUCAAAGCUAGACAUUUGUUGCUAAUUUUGUGUUUUUGAGUUUAAUGUGUUCAACUUUUUCGGUCGAGGCUAGCGGCACCCACAUCGCCACGGUAUAAAGAAUGUCGGAGGAUCCACGCAAUGAAGCUGUUGCGCGAAAUGUGGAAAAACUCAUAAAGUGCUUAACUGGCGACAGCUUGACAGCGGGAGAGAGACGAACGCAGGAGCAGCAAGCAAUACACAAAAUACGCCACCAUCGAUAUCUGAGCACCAACGGUCAUGCAGUUCGGCGAUCCAUCAACAAUAUGAUUGAACGCUUUUAUUAUGAGGCCAUGGAUGACCAUGCGGAUGCUGUGCGCAUGCUAACUACAAUGAUAAUGGAGCAUGCCGGCUGGAAUGGUCACUAUGAGGUGGACAUACAAUAUUCAGUGCUUGAUUUUAUGUUCAGCAUGACAUAUGAGCCGGUACAGAACGUGCGACGCAACUUGAUUGCAAUGGAGCAGCGUGUGCUGGCCAUAAGGAAUGCAAUUGAGGCGACGACCACUCAACCAGACGCCAAUGAAUCGGACACAAAUUGGGUAGCUUUGCUAAGCGAUCAUAUCAUUGAUAGAACCAGUCAAAGCUUGGACAGCGACAGCAGUUUGAGUGAAUGGUCCGAUGCGAGUGACAAUGAUGAGUACUUAAUUCCGGAUUUGGAUGUAGAACCCAUGAGCAGUUUGCAAAAUAAACAGAUUGUCAAACGCUCCAAUACCUUUGACUCCAGCAGCAGCAAUCCCAGCCUCACAACAAUGGGUCUAUGCAGGAAAUACAAUGGGAAAGCGGAUACCGAUUCGUUGUCGUUGAGCGGCUUCUAUAGUUCUCGAUACAGCUUGAGCAGACAGCCAGAAUUGACAGCUUUGGAGCCACCACAACCACAGACGCAGUACAGAAAGGCCGUCUUUGAUCCAGACAGCUUGUCCACAGUGGUUCACUCGCAUUGGUGGCGACAGGAUUUCGAUUUCUAUGCGGAGACACCAAAUAGCGAACCAGGCUCAAACUUUGCCAUUGCCUAUGUGCAGCACAUGAAUAGAGAGACGCGCAGAAUAAUAAAGUAUCCGCUGCCCAAGACCACUAGUGAGAGCAACUUGGUGCGCGAGAUCAUCUUGAUGUUCUUUGCACCCGCUAGCUGUUGCUUCUUUGAGGUACAGCCAGAUGAAAAGCUGAUCAGCGUACGCAAAAAUAUAUCGAUUAGCACCGUCACUAGUAAGACGCUUAAGCAUGUGCUGGAGGGAGAGGUGCUGCCGGCGCUGCAGGCGAUGCAACAGUUGCGUCGGAUUAUCAAUGAUCUGACGCUGCCCACCAGCGAUGAGCCGACGACUGGCACUUUGAAAUGCUUUGCCUGGGGACUGCGUGAUCUCAUUAAUCCCGUUCAAGACAGUCUGAUAGAUUUUGAGCGUCGACUGCUUGAUAAAGCUGAUGGCAAAGAGGAUAACGACGAUUCGAGCACAACUCUGAUAUGUUUUCUGCGGCACAUGGAGAAGAAAUUCCAGCGUUUGCUGCUCCUUAAAUCGCUGGCAACUUGUGCAAUUAUCAAAGGCCCGCCGCAUCUGAGAAGCGCAUAUUUGUUGUCUCAGAUUUACAAGCACACCAUGAUCAAUGUUGACCAUCAGAAGUUGGCCACAGCUCUGCUGCUUGUUUCGAUGAGGCGUUACUGCAGCAUCAUGGAUAAUUGGUGGCAACACGCCGAGUUCGAUGAUUGGCACAAUGAAUUCAUUGUCGAGUGCUUGCCCGCAAAUGAUGCCUACUACGGGCAACGCAUACACGAACGCUUGCCGCGCUCGGAUAUCGAUGAUAAUGGUGAUCCGCAUCCCCAUCUGGACAUUAUAAAAGAGCUGCGUAGCUGUACGUUUUAUCAGCUCAUUUUGGAGCACGCUCUAGAGGCGGGUGAAACGCAGGAUCUGUUGGCCAGUGUGCAUUUGCUGGGCGAUUUGGUUUUAAAAUGCAAGAAUGUCGGAACCUUGUACACCGAUCUCACCAAGCAGCUCCUUGAAGAGUUGAAGUGCGAGCCAAAUUCUGUCAGCGUCGUAAGGCAAGAUAGUCAGCCGCUUAGGGAGUACAAUGCACUAGUUCUGGAGACUACAUCUCGUCUGGGCGAUCCCGAGCUAAUGAGCAUAUUUACCCAGCACAUCAGGCACGCGCAGGAGGAGCAACAGCAACAGGAACAACAGAAGCUACCAACGCUGUCUUCGCAUCUGCUGGACAUAUUGGAUAGCUUAAAACAAAGUACUAUUGUACAGCAACCACAUGUGAUACCACGUUCCUUGAUCAAGUUGCUCUGGAAACGUUAUGAGAUUGCCAACAUCCAUGUAAUGCGUUGGUAUCGCGAAGAGCUCAAGUUGACGCAUCAUUUGCGCUUUCUGCGUCAUAUAAUGCUGCUGGAGGCGGAUUAUUUGGUGUACCCAUUCUAUACAAAUCUGUUUCGCCAGAUCGAGGGAUACGAGGACUGGGCACGCUGUUCGUUGCUCACGUUGGAGCUAUACGAUCUACUUGAGCCACAUUAUGGACACAUGGCUAAUCAGCUGGAGGUGAAACUCGUCUCGCUGGUGUGGUCGCAAUCGAGUAAAAUCUUCGAGGCGCUGGAUGCCAUCGAGUUUGAGUAUUCAAUGCCACCGCCGCUGCAGAGCAUCAUUACCAAGCCGCAGAUGGUACAAUAUAAUGGUAUUUGGCGCAUCGUUCUCAAAGUCAAGUGGGCCGCCUGGAAACUGGAAAAUAUGCGUUUUCUACGGCGUAUUAACAGGGAUGCCUUUGCACCAAUGGAUCUCAUUGGUCUGACACUGCGUCGCCUGGAGAUUCUACGCUUCUGGCUCAUCACAUUGAUCAACAGCCUGCAUUCGCAUCUCUGCACCCAAGUGAUGCAAUCCUUGGGCGGACAAUUCGAGCGGCAACUGAUGAAGACGAAAAACAUUCGGGAAUUGCGGAACAUGCACAGCGAUUAUAUGAAAGCGUUGUGCAAACAUUGUCUGCUUGAACCGGAGCUUGAAGGCAUUCGGUAUGCCUUGGAUCAAAUAUUUCAUUUAAUCUUUGUGCUCGACAUGGAAUGGAACUUCUGUCCCAGCUUUCUAAACGAAUCUCAUGCACUUAGCGUCGAUUUGGCCAGUGAUGCGUCCAGUAGUGAUAGCUCCGAUCGUGAAAAGGCCUUGGAAUUCCUCGCACUCAAUCAGAUUGAAGAGCUUGAACGCACCUACAUUCGUUGCCAUAGAAUGCUAGCUGAUAUACUUAAAGGGCUUGUCUAUAAAGAUGAUCACAAGUUCUUAAUCCCCUUGGAGGUGGCUAUAAAUGCAAGUGCGCCCCAUUAAGACAUGAAAUUCCACUUAAUAUAAUUAUUAAAUUUUUAUAAAUUUAAAUUGCAAAUUUGUUGAAUAUAUUUAUGAAAA